UAGUCGCAUCCCCUUUCUGCUCUUCACAGAGGCUUAUCUCGGAAGGGAGACAGCGGAACGCUUGCUGUAGGAUUUACCACUAAGCUCCCUCUAUCCAUUCUAUCAAGUCUAGUAAUGAACAUUGCAACCGGUCUGGACUAACACGCAGUCCUAUUCCUAUAUCGAAUGGAGUGUGGAGAUUUGAGGAGGGAUUUCUCUGAUGGUAUAUUUGACUGUCGUCGUCAGCUUAAAGCCGACCAUCCUGAAAUACUUCCAACGAUGGAAAUGAACGUCAUUUAGGUUCAGCUGAGUAGAUGAAUUUCACAAGGCUUUGGUGAAAGUGCGGCACUUCAACAUCAACGGUGGGCACCGGGAUGGCAAUAAAAGUGGAUGUUAAGUAAACCAUAUCAGUUGGAGGAACACAGCGUUGUUGAUCACAAGUGGUAAACAAGAUCUAUCACCAUGGCAACCAACGGAGCUUCCAACAUGACCAACAACGCCACGGCGAUGAUGGCAACAACGACAUCAGCGGUGUCUGUGUCACAAACUGACGAAACUUCCCAAUUUGCAACCUCUCAAGCCACUUUCAUCAUCGUUAUCGUUAUGUUAUCACUUUUUACAGUGUUCGGAGUCAUUGGCAAUGCGCUGGCGUUUUAUAUUUAUUCUAAGAAACGGGACAAAACUACAUCCAACGUGUUCAUUCUGGCGUUAGCUGCGACGGACUUUGUCGUCUGUUUGGUGGUGGUACCGUACACGAUCAUUGCUGAAUCGGUGGAAUAUGAAUUCGUCUACGAUAUCCCUUGUAAGCUGUACAUGUUUUGCAUAACGUCAAAUGUUCCUUUGUCUGCGUUCAUAAUGACGGCAAUCGCCUUCGACCGCUACUGCUGCAUCUGUCAUCCGUUCCUGCACGUUCUGACCGUGCAACGUGCAAAACUUGCCUGCGUGGCGCUGACAAUUCUGAGUGCUCUCCUUGGCGUCAUGACUGCUUUGAAUUUCGGGGUCUAUGAACUCCAGGGGCUCGAAAUUCCUUUACAAGCUCCAGGAAAUGGAACAAGCUUUAACGGAACGUUAAACGAAACAGACGUUUCAAGGCAGACAUAUUACUACGACGUGAUGAACGUCUCUCUCAGCUACGACGUCACAAACAGUACCGGAUACCCUCAAUACAAUCAGACCAGAGAAACUGAGAUAAAGAAAGUCUACCUGGGCGUGUGUGUACCUGGAGCUAUAAUACUAAGCAUGGAUUUUACCAGGAUUUAUCAGAAACUGUAUGCUGGAACAUUUCUACUUUGUUUGGUAGCAGUGGCCAUCCUUUAUACGCUCAUCUACAGAUCAAUCUUAGUUCGAAGACGCUGGAGGUCCAAGAGGAAGAGGAUGAGUUGCUACACCAGCGUCAACGGCGUGGAGACGGUAGCAGAGGAGACACAGUUGACGGCGAUCAAUGGGAACAACAUAAUAACUGACGAGAAGAAGUCCAAACGUCCCUUUCAGAGCCGCCAAGCGGCCAUAAGAGAGAAGACUCUGUAUGCCAAUAUUAAAACUGCCGCCAUGCUGUUUGUUGUGACUGUUGUCUUCGUAAUUGCCUUCCUUCCAUCAUGGCUGAUGGGGCUGCAAAUUAUACAGUUUAGCGUCAUUGUGUACAACCUGUACUUCCUAAACAACGUCGCCAACCCUAUCAUCUAUGCCUUUAUGAACAGGGCAUUCAGAGAUGAUCUGAGGGCGUUGAUAAGAGGCUGUAAAUAGGUUCAGGGUGGAAAACACUGUGUAUGAGACACAGGAAACUUGCUUAGAUCUAAAAUGGCUGAUGUGGCGAUGUGUGAUUGCCUGUUAUGUUUGCGUUACGGACUUAGCUGCGUUUCAACAUGACUCAGAUCUGAAUCCACGGCGAAGUUCGAUCAGGGAUGGACAAAGGAACACCCUGUUCCACAACAUGCGAAAGGAGUCCGAACCUGAAUAUUAUUUUUUUCAUAGAGACUAGGCGUUUGCUGAUGUACAUACCAAAGCUUUUCUAUAAGUAAACAAUACAUUUAUUGUAUAUAUGUCAUUAAGCCUGCUAUUAUAUAGUAUCACUGAGUUUAAUCAGUGUUACUAAUCACUUGACUGAGCAUGAUUGUAUAAACCAAGAGUCGUUGGAAUAACUUUAUUUCUCACGUAGAAUCACUUUUACUUGUAGGAAAAUAUUUCAUUACUAGAGACAUUUGUAUUGUUUCAUAUCUAUAUUUUCCAAAAAAUGUUACAAAAAUGAAAUUGUUACUAAAUUUAACAUCAGAUAGCCAGUGUCUGACCCCUACUCUGGAUAUGGUGGUGUUCUGUCUAGUGACAUGUCGACCGUUGUAAAUACACUGUAAUGAACAAGCAUUCAGGGUGUGAAAUGUUAUUCAAUGUUAUUUUAUGUUAUUAGUGUCGUUACAAUCUGUUUUUCAGUUGUGUAUUCAUUUAUCCGAUUAGGUGGGUAAAUCACUGCAAUAAUUAAGUUAUAUUCCUCGUACUUGAUUCGAGGUAGUGCCACAAUAUCACAACUGUUUUCUAAUUGAAUAUUUUAUCCAUAAUUGUUUGAUAUUUACGAAUUUUAUUUCCACAGAAUUAUAAAAUCACCGAUGAAUUACCCUGCUGUGUUAUGUAUAUUUUGAUAUUAGAAUGUACAUUUUCAAAUUGUAAAUAACUAGGAAAAUGAAAUACGUAUGGAUCAUAAGCACUGUUAUUUAAUGUGUUUGUGAUGUAUAUUGUACAUUUCGCUGAUCUUACGUAACGUGCACUGUCUAUCUUGUUUCAAACACGAUGUUCAACACUUAAAGUGUACUGUGAACUAUCUGCCAAUAUGCAAACAAUUUUAAUUUGGGGCCAUAAACCAUAGAUUUUCCUUGAUGUGAAAAAUUAACCGUUAAAUGAAUCUUUACUUUACAGUUCUCGGGCGUGGUGCACUGAGAUUUCAUUUCGAGCUAAUUAUCAGAUUGUCGUAGCUCAAAUAACUGCAUAUCAUUUGGAAGUAAGCAAUAAAAAACAUCAUAAAAUUUGCACUAAAUGUUAACGUGAUGUCUGAUAUCAUUUAAUCGUUUGAUUUAUUGUCUUUUUGCGCAACGUCUUACUCAUUACUACCGUUGCACAAGCUCCGUUGCCCAUAAAAUCUUUUCCAAUCACGAGACUGUUUCUUGUGGAAAUGUUCAUCUAUCGCACUAUAUUGACGCUUCGGUUGAUUUAUACAUACGUAAUAGAUGAUAAUGAAUACAACUCUUCUUUAUCAAAACAGUUUAGGUGGAUAUACUUAUCUAUUAUAGACAAAACAAUUUUCGCUGAAAGGUGUCAACACAUUAUUCAUUAGAGAAGUCUUUAUUCAAACAUUUGCCCCAUAAAUAAUGUGUCAAUUACUCGUGCCAUUAAGCCUCUUAUGUGCUCAAACGGAUUUUCCUACAGCUGUAAUCAACCCACAGACGUCCAUUAGUCAAUAUUUCAAACACUGGGAUAUAGUUUUAUGUGCUAUAUAUUUGAUAUGCUGCAGAAUUGUCCCUAACCAGCAUCUUUGAUAUUCUGUGUCAGCGUCGACGUUAUAAUCAUGUGUCACUCCAUAAUCAGCUUUUUGUGACGUCCAUUGAACAGUGUUGAGAUGUGCUGCUUCUGACGAUGGUGUAGAAGAUUCUGAUUAUGGUUAAUCUGUUGUCAUUGUUUACGAAGAACCUGAUACAAAUUGGAAUGGUCUCUUAUUUUCUGGUUAUGAGUCAUAUGUGCUACGUAUUUGAUAUGCCAAUGAAUAUACCUUAACCAGAGUCUUUGUUUAAACAGACACCCAUUUAAUAAAGUAGUUGCUUGGUAGCGAAGUGGUUAGGGCGUUCGCUCGUUACGCUAAAGACUCGGAUUCGACUCCUCAUCUGCACAGUGUUUCAAGCCUAUUUCUUGUGUCCCCUGCUGUGAUCCUGCUGGAAUAUUGUGCAAGGGUUGAAAAACGAUACUUUCUCGAUGAAUCAAGCAUAUUGCUUCUGGUAUUGUAACGAAACAAGAGCUGUUGAAGAAACCUUAUACAGUUACAUCACUCUGAGGUAGAACAACAUGACAUGGUAUUCUUAAAGCGAAAGACAAGAAUGAAAUCCAAUUAUAAUCAGAAGGUCAGACCUAGCAAGUGCUCAUCAUGCUGUAUUGCCUGUGUGGAUUUGGUCCAUUCGACUUUGAAAAUAAUAAAUCAGUAAACAGACUGUA